AUGCCUGAAAGCGGACAAACUCCUCCUCAAACCACAAGCACUCGCUACUUACGUAGAGACAGUCUUCAGGAUUUACUUGAACGACUGUUCCCUGGACAAACAGACUUUGGUAUUCAGAUCAAAGAAGACCAAUGGUCCUUCACUGCCCCUAGAAUAGUGGAGACUGCUGAGCUCGAUUCGGCUCAGGACGACUAG